AUGGAAGCUAAGAAGGUUAUAUACCGUUACAGUGUGCUUCUUCUUCUGGCCAUUGUUAAUGGCCAUGGAGCUUGGGCUACACCAAGAGGAGAAGACAUUGGGUGGGAAAGCCAACUCAGUAUUGAGCAUGAUGGCGAUAUCUAUGACUGUGUGGAUAUCAACAAGCAACCAACUCUGGGCCACUCUCUUUUUAAGAACCAUAAAGUUCAGAUGAAACCAACUGGGUCAUUUCCAAAAUCCACCAUAGAUGAUUCAUCAAUUACAUCUGAUGAUCAGACUGUGGAAAUAGGACUUGGAGAAGGGUGCCCACUUGGAACAGUUCCAAUUCAAAGAACACGAAAGGAAGAUCUCAAGGGAGCCAAAGAAGCUUUCUUCAAAUCAUAUUCUGAACAACCAGAUGCCAAAAUUGGAUUCGGUUAUUUUAGGGCUGAGGAGCAGACCACACUGAAACCAAGCUCAAAAUACUAUGGAGCACAGGCAUAUCUGAAUGUAUAUAAUCCUGCAAUGAUUGGACCUGAUCCACAAAGCAAUGUGAUCAUCAAGCUCUUCUUUGGCCCCGAAGAUUACUGUUGUACUACUUUAGCAGCAGGAUGGGCAAUAUUUCCGGGUAUAUACAAGGACAACAGCACCAGACUUCAUACAUUUUGGAGUACUGCAUUUGAGCAAAAGUUAUGCUAUAACAUCCGGUGCCCUGGUUUUGUACAAACGAGCCGGAAGAUUGCUCUAGGUAUGAAGAUUCGCAACGUCUCCAAGUAUCAUGGAAAGCAAUAUGAUAUCAAGCUUACCAUUUAUAAGGAUUCUAAAAAGGGCCAUUGGUGGCUACUUCAUGGAAGAAACGAUGAGCCGAUAGGGUACUGGCCUAAGGGUUUGUUGAGAAAUUUCACGAGCCAUGCAACCACAGCAGUAUGGGGAGGAACAGCUGUUGGGGAAGAUCCUUUUCCGCCAAUGGGAAGCGGCCAUAAGUUCACAAAAUCGCCGCAAGGAGGCUACGGGUCAGCAUGCUAUAUUAGAGGGAUGAAGGUUGUAGAAAAAUUGGGAGGGAAUUUCACUGAUGUUAAUGAUCGCAUGCUUACAAAAUUUGAGAACCGUCCCAUCUGCUACAAUGUGGGGGGUCAGGGCUUCUCUAAAGAGUGGGGUUAUGGAAUUUUUGUUGGUGGGGCUGGUGGACUUUGUGGAUACAGCGGAUUAUAA